UAAGCCCAAAAAUUCACCUGAUAACAAAAUAAACAAUUAGCUGCUGCCGCUGUUUCUGUUAAGGGUUUACAGUUGUUUCUCUGAAGAAGAAGAGGAGGGCUUUAGGGUUUUUGUUUAUCAGAAAAAAAUGGAUAGGUACCAAAAAGUAGAGAAACCGAAGCCUGAAUUACCCAUUAACGAGAAUGAGAUCAGAAUUACUUCACAGGGACUUGUAAGAAACUACAUCAGCUAUGCUACUAGUCUCCUUCAGGAGAGGAGUGGGAAAGAGAUCAUUUUGAAAGCAAUGGGUCAGGCAAUAAGCAAGACUGUAGCUGUCGCAGAGAUCAUUAAGAGAAGAAUUCCUCAUCUGCAUCAAGAUGCUGCUAUCAGCUCAGUGAGCAUCACAGAUGUAUGGGAACCUAUUGAAGAGGGCCUUUUGCCUGUGGAGCAGACUCGGCAUGUCUCAAUGAUUUCAAUCACCUUGUCAACAACGGAACUGAACAAGGACUCUCCAGGGUAUCAAGCACCUUCUGAGAUUCAGCAGACUAAUUACUACAACAACAAUAACAACAACUAUGCCCCACGUUAUAGUUACCAGCCUCGACAGCAGCAACCACCACCUCGACAAGCACAAGCAGUUUACAAUGCUGGUAAUGAAGAUUCAUAUGACCGAGGGCGUGGUCGAGGCCGAGGGCGUGGUAGAGGCAGGGGACGUGGUUGGAACAGAGGUGGAUAUACAAAUUACCAAGAUGGAUAUGAUAACUAUCAGGAAAAUGGUGGGUACUCAAACUGGGGGCGAGGUGGAGGCCGUGGUGGCUGGGGAUAUCGUGACUCUGGAUAUGGAAGAGGCAGGGGUGGAGGUGGCAGAGGCUAUGGUUAUGGUCGUGGACGUGGACGGAUGGGAAACCGUCCAAGGGGUGGCAAUAACAACCAGGCUUAGUUGUUGAUUGGAUCUCUAGUUUGCUAUACCUUAAACACUGCCUUGGCAUAAUGGUUUUCUUUUGUCCAAUGUCUGUCU